AACGCUCCGCGCCCGGGGAGUCGGUCGAGAGGGGUUGCGCGGAUUGGCGAUAUUGCAGGGCGUCCUCGUGGGUGCGGGGCAGCGAGACCCAGGAGGCCUCUGAGGUGGAAGAGGGGGGCGUGGAAGGCGGGACCAGGAAGGUCUUACCGGUACAAAACAGUUCUUGCGUGAUAUGUGAUAUGGGUAAUUAUUUAAUUAAGGAAUAAUGCAGCUCUGAAUCUGCUAUGUCCCGAAAUUAAGAUGAAUGAAUCCAAAGCUCUGCAAAGUAACUCAUCUAUUGCUCAUACUGAUGAAGUAAUUGCUUGUGAAGAUGGGUCUUUCCAAAAAACAGGGCAGAAGACAAGAAUUCUAAGUCCUGAAGAAGCAAAACAAUUGGCCCUAAAUCAGGUCUUAAUAUCUGACUUCAAGCAGCAGAAACUUGAGAAAGAAGCACAAAAGAACUGGGAUCUAUUCUACAAAAGGAACAGCACCAAUUUUUUCAAGGACAGACACUGGACAACUAGAGAGUUUGAAGAAUUAAAAGCCUGCCAUAAAUUUGAAGAUCAAAAUUUGACAAUUCUUGAAGCAGGCUGUGGUGUUGGGAACUGUUUAUUUCCACUUCUAGAAGAAGAUUUGAAUAUCUUUGCUUAUGCUUGUGAUUUCUCUCCCCGAGCAGUAGAAUAUGUAAAGCAAAAUCCUCUAUAUGAUGCCAAAAGAUGCAAAGUAUUCCAGUGUGACCUGACCAAAGAUGAUCUUUUGGAAAAUAUACCAGUAGAGUCAGUGGAUGUGGUGAUGUUAAUAUUUGUACUUUCUGCCAUUCAUCCUGAGAAGAUGCAUUUAGUUUUGCACAAUAUUUAUAAGGUAUUAAAACCAGGCAAAUAUGUCCUAUUCAGAGAUUAUGGCCUUCAUGACCAUGCAAUGCUGAGGUUUAAAUCUGCUUGCAAGCUUGGAGAAAACUUCUACGUACGACAAGAUGGAACCAGGUCAUACUUUUUUUCUGAUGAGUUUUUGGCAGAACUUUUCCUGUCUGUGGGAUAUGAGGAAAUGGUCAAUGAAUAUGUGUUUCGAGAAACUCUGAACAAGAAAGAAAACUUAAGUGUGCCAAGAGUUUUUCUCCAAAGCAAAUUUCGAAAGCCUCAGAAAUGAGUUUUUGCUGAUAAGCUGCUGGACAGUUGAAGUUACUUUCUGAUGUUACUCUGUUUAAACCAAAUUUUACAUCCAUGAAAAUAAGCCUAGCACUUGCCUGGUCCUCCCCUUUUGAUACAGCCCUGAAGAGAGCAGAAGAUUCUGCUUCUAUUUUAGGUAUAAUCGCAUAAUUUCUGGAUUAAACUGCCAUAUCCUGAUUUUACACAAUAAGUUAUAAAAGGAAGCAAAACUUUCAAGUUUAUCAGCCAGGAUCACAAAGCCUUUAAUUGCAUAGACAUUCUUUCUUGGCAAGACUUUAGAAUGCUCCUUGUCAGGCAAAGUCCUGCAAUGUGGCUAGCCUUAUAUACAGGAUAAGCAGUGCCUGGGUUCAUACAACAGCAAUGUUGACACAGCAUAGUGAACCACUAGCUAGCUAACUACAUCUUAGCCGAACGUGAUGGGCAUACCUAGUCAGUAUGGUUAAUUUAUGGUUCUGUUUGAUCUGUAAAC